AUGAGCUCCUCCUGCUCCAGCUCCGAUGGACACUCUGCCCCGCGUAUCUCGGCCACCGGUGCUGCCAGACGAGCAGCCGAGAGAUGGGCGACGAACAGGAUAUGUCCAGCCACCCGCUCCCAGCACUCCGGAUCCAGCCAGCUCGCUGGACCUUCCACCCGCGUCGACACUGCUGUCCCCAUGGACUCUCCGUCGAGGCUUCCAGUCCCAGUGCCCAGAGCGGCUACACCCUCAUCUCCACGAGUGGCCAGCCGUAAGCAGCCUACCCUGACGGAUAGUGAGCUAUGCUUCUUUUACCCGGCACCCUCCACACUGGUCUGUCCUUUUGUGGGUUGCUCUGCCCAAUUCCGGGCUGACUCAUGGACGGCCGCCAAACAAUCGGUUGCUCGACACAUCCGCUCGUUGCACACUAUGGCCCCUGACGGGAUUUUUGUACAUUGCACUGGCUGCGAUGUAAGACUGGGCCCGAGACCAGGCUCCCACAAGUGCACUAUUCCGAUUGCCGAAGACGCGGCACCAGCCUGCAGGUUCCUGUGCACGGUGGAAGCGUGUGGGAAGACGUUCCCGACAAAACAAGGCUUAGCUAACCACUCCAACAACCAUCGACGCCAAGCUGCGAUCGCCGCGGCGGCUGUCCCUUUGCCCCGCCCAGAUACCAGACAGAAUAGACGUGCAAACCCGGCACCUGCCCGCCCUCACCGAGGUGGUGACGCGCGUAUACCGGUAGCACGGCCACCGACCGGUCGAACCACAGUAGCAGACCCAGACCCCAGAGCGCCGAGCCCUACCGGCAGUUCACCCGACGGGGUGGCAGGAGAACCAAGGACACAGGCCCCCAGCCAUGACACAGGCGGUUCCUCCUUAGCCUCAAACAUAGCGACCACAGCUGCCUCUGCCUCGGUGUCAACGUACACGCGCGAUCAGGCAACUAGUUCUUCCGAAGAGGAUAUAGACGAUUCUAGGGCACUAACAUCCAGCUCAGACACAGGCAGUCCCUCCCUAGCCCCAAGCAGAGCUUCAGCAGCUUUUUCCACCCCGAGAUCAACACGAACGAUCACGCGGACCACUGAACGGACACCACGUCCCCGGUCCUGCCGCGACCCGACUCCCUCGCUGCAACCCGCUAGGACCUCUGGCAGCCCGGUCCUUGACCACGACGAGAACUCGGUGCGCACGGCGUCAUCCUCGUCCGGUCUCAGUGACGCCCAUGAUGCAGAGGGCGACAACGACGCAGGUGAGAGCCCCGUGAGUGGCGAUGGCGAUCUUGCAGCACACGGUGAGGCCUUGAUAUUGUCCCCAGACGACACCACCCCGAUACAUGUGUACCUGCCCGAAGUCCGCGCCCUUGCCAGAGCUCCGGCUACGGGGAUGAACUGGGACCGAUUCUGCACUAUCAUGGAAGAGGUGACCUCCACGGCUGCGGCAACAGCAAAACUCCCUACCAGGACUGAGGGCAGCACUAGCAAGAGGUCGGCGGUUGACCCGAAUGACGCCCAGGGCAUUCAGUCACUCUAUCGCAGGAACCGACGCAGUGCAAUUCGCGCGAUCACAUCUGGCGAAAGCGCCUCCUGCAGCGUAGGAACGCGUGAAACCACGGACCACUUCGCGUCGGUUUGGUCCCCGUCCGCGUGCGACGCAUCGGUGUAUCCCCGUACGGAGGGACGUACCCCCGUACCAGUUGGACCCUUCUCCUCUGCCGAUGUCGUGAAACGCCUCAAGAAAUUUGAGAAUACGGCCCCUGGUGACGACGGUCUCACGUAUCACCACUGGAGACGCCUCGACCCGUCCUGCAGUUUGUUAACCGAGGUAAUAAACACAUGCCUAAGGCACCGUCGUGUUCCCCCGGCGUGGAAGAAGGCAGUGACCGUCUUGAUCUUCAAGAAGGGGGACAAGAGCGACCUGGGUAACUGGAGGCCCAUCUCCCUAUGCCGCACCAUCUACAAGUUAUAUGCCGGCUGUAUUGCAGGUCGCCUCACGGAGUGGCUGGUGAGCAAUGCAGUCCUCAGCCCCUGCCAAAAGGGGUUCCUCCCAUCGGACGGCGCGUUUGAGCACGUCCACACUCUUAACCGUGAGCUUGAAAAAGCCCGGACUGGCAAAUCCGACAAGUGUGUGGCGUGGCUCGACGUGUCCAACGCGUUCGGGGCAAUCCCCCACAUGGCGCUCGAGACAGCCAUUGAGAGCUGUGGCGCGGGCGAGGGGCUCCUCCGGAUUGUCCAGGACAUCUACAGCGGUGCAACAUCGUCAGUGAGUGUUGCCGAGGGGAAGACCCCUGACAUACCCGUGCUGUCUGGCAUCCGCCAGGGGUGCCCAUUGAGCGGACUGCUCUUCAUCAUGGCAGUAGACCCAGUUGUCUCGGCGCUGCAAGGUACAGAUGCUGGCCACCGGGUCCUGGCCUUCGCGGAUGACCUGUGCCUACUUGCAGAUAAUGCGCCGGACCUCCAGUCUAAGAUCAAUGAUGCCAGGGAAGGACUCGAACGUUUAGGGCUUAGCAUCAACGCCAGUAAGUGUGCUUCCCUCCAUCUGUCAGGGCGUACCCCUGUUGGUGUGCGAGAUAGCAUCUUUCGGAUCUCGGGAGUCCCCAUGAAGCCUCUAGCAGAAGGUGAUGCAGCCGCGUUCCUCGGUGCCCAGGUGGGCUUUCACGUGAUCCCCCACAAAUCAACGCUUGCCGACAUUAUCGACCUAGGCUUGAAGAUUGCCAGAAGUAAACUAGCGCCUUGGCAGAGGAUCGACGCCCUCAAAACCUUCUUCUUCCCCUCUGCGGUUCACCUGCAGCGUAUGGGAACCUAUUCGAAAUCUGACUGGAAGACAGUGGACGACAUCUUGAGGCCCGAAAUCAAGGCCACCCUAAACCUCCCGCAGGAAGCUUCCAACGAGUACCUAUACGGGUCCACCCUCCGCGGAUGCUGCGGGAUAACAAAACUAGCGGAGGACUCCGACAUCGCGGCUGUCGACAGCGCUUUCAAGUUACUCACCUCCCCUGAUGGACGGGUCACCAGGGAAGCAGUUGACCAUGUGAGGGACGUAACCCGCCGGAGGAUUGGCCGGAUUCCCUCCAACUCUGAAGUGGGUAGUUACCUCUCCGGCGAGAACGAGGGGCCCUUCCGCGAGACGCGUGGCGGUGGGGUUGCCAGUGUCUGGUCCCGUGCCCGCAACGCCUCCGGGCGUUUGGCCGCGUCCUGGUCGUUGGACGGUCCUCCCUCCAUCACACAUGCCGGAACUACGAUGCGCGCAAAACAGAGGAGGGAAGUGAUGAAGACGAUGCGCGACCACUUCCGCGUUGUCAGAGGUACGACCCUGAUCGAGAAACCGGACCAGGGCAGAGCCAUGGAGUGCGUGGCUGCGCACGCCGCGUCUAAUCACUUCCUAAGGGCCGGUGACUUCUGUAGGUUUGCCGACUGGAGGUUUGUCCACCGUGCGAGACUUAACUUAGUGCCGCUGAACGGCUCCUCGUCCUGGAGGACUGGUGACCGCCGGUGUCGACGUUGUGGGAAUAACAUUGAAAGCCUCGCCCACGUCGUUAACCACUGCAUGCGGUACACCAGUCUCUUCAUGGCGAGACACAACUCCCUUGUGGCUCGACUGAAGAAAGCGGCCGACGGGAAGUUUGAGGUCGUGUCGGAGAACCAGGCGAUUGGCGCUCAGCGCCUUAGACCCGACCUUAUCCUUAGAAGGGGCACAACCACGCUGAUUAUUGAUGCCACAGUACCCUUCGAUAACAGGAUGAAGGCCUUCGAAGAAGCUGCAGACGAAAAGAGAUCCAAAUACGAGGAGCUGAGAAAGGAGAUCGCUGCCGAACACCCUGGGGAGGUAACAGUGUUCCCGUUCAUUGUUGGCUCCCUGGGUUCCUGGGAUCCGGCCAACGACGUGCUGGUGAGGCAGCUGUGCAGCAGAGCCUACGCAAAGCUCAUGCGGAAGCUAUGUGUUAGCGAGGUCAUCGGGUACACCAGAGAUGUCUACACCGAACACAUCUCCGGAGUUCGAGCGAGGCAUGGCUGA